AUGGCGGAAGGUGGUUCGGAGCGGGCCGACGGGCGCAUCGUCAAGAUGGAGGUGGACUAUAGCGCCACUGUGGAUCAGCGCCUGCCCGAAUGCGAGAAGCUGGCCAAGGAAGGAAGACUUCAAGAAGUCAUUGAAACCCUUCUCUCUUUGGAAAAACAGACCUGUACUGCUUCUGAUAUGGUGUCUACAUCCCGUAUCUUAGUUGCAGUAGUGAAGAUGUGCUAUGAGGCUAAAGAAUGGGAUUUACUUAAUGAAAACAUUAUGCUUUUGUCAAAACGGCGGAGUCAGUUAAAACAAGCUGUUGCAAAAAUGGUUCAACAGUGCUGUACUUAUGUUGAAGAAAUCACAGACCUCCCAGUCAAACUUCGAUUAAUUGAUACUCUACGAAUGGUUACAGAAGGAAAGAUCUAUGUUGAAAUUGAGCGUGCUCGACUGACUAAAACAUUAGCAACUAUAAAAGAACAAAAUGGUGAUGUGAAAGAGGCAGCCUCCAUUUUACAAGAGUUACAGGUGGAAACCUAUGGGUCAAUGGAAAAGAAAGAGCGAGUGGAGUUUAUUUUGGAGCAAAUGAGGCUUUGCCUAGCUGUGAAGGAUUACAUUCGUACACAAAUCAUCAGCAAGAAAAUUAACACCAAAUUUUUCCAGGAAGAAAAUACAGAGAAAUUAAAGUUGAAAUAUUAUAAUUUAAUGAUUCAGCUGGAUCAACAUGAGGGAUCCUAUUUGUCUAUUUGUAAGCACUACAGAGCAAUAUAUGAUACUCCCUGUAUACAGGCAGAAAGUGAAAAGUGGCAGCAGGCUCUGAAAAGUGUUGUUCUCUAUGUUAUCUUGGCUCCUUUUGACAAUGAACAAUCAGAUUUGGUUCACCGAAUAAGCAGUGACAAGAAGUUAGAAGAAAUUCCUAAAUACAAGGAUCUUUUAAAGCUUUUUACCACAAUGGAGUUGAUGCGUUGGUCUACACUUGUUGAGGAUUAUGGAAUGGAAUUAAGAGAAGGUUCUCUUGAGAGUCCAGCCACUGAUGUUUUUGGUUAUACAGAGGAAGGUGAAAAAAGGUGGAAAGACUUGAAGAACAGAGUUGUUGAACAUAAUAUUAGAAUAAUGGCCAAGUAUUACACGAGGAUAACAAUGAAGAGGAUGGCACAACUUCUGGAUCUAUCUGUUGAUGAAUCAGAGGCUUUUCUCUCAAAUUUAGUAGUUAACAAGACCAUCUUUGCUAAAGUAGACAGGUUGGCAGGAAUUAUCAACUUCCAGAGACCCAAGGAUCCAAAUAAUUUAUUAAAUGACUGGUCUCAGAAACUGAACUCAUUGAUGUCUCUGGUUAACAAAACUACACACCUCAUUGCCAAAGAGGAGAUGAUACAUAAUCUACAAUAAGGGGUCUUAGUGCCCUUGAUGCUUUUAGAAAAGAGUUAAAAUUGGAGGUGAUUAAAGAAAAAAAAAGACUAUUAUCAUGGUGUAUAUGUUGGGUUUUUUCCCUUCUCAACUCCUUUGUCUAAAAUUUAAAAGAUAGUGAAUAUCUUUGAGGCCCUUUUUAACUUUUAGGACCCCUGAUUUCAUUAAUUGUUUAACUUUAUGUUUGCAGUGGGUGCAAAAAUAUAACAUUUUUAUUGUCUGAGUACUCAAAAAGUUGUGUCAUAACUUACCCAAAUAUGUAUUCUAUUGUUUGAAACCUUUUUAGCUAUUUGUUUCAUUCCACUAACAACUAUAAUUAUAAUAAUAAAAGCAGUAUA